AACUCUUCUCUUCUAAUUUAGCUGUACUUUCGUUUUUCUGAAAGAUCGACACAAUUUUCCAUGAGCUUGUUUUCUAACUUGGUCGAAAGGCGUUGCAGCAUUAAACCGAUAUCCCCUGCACCAAAAAAUGAAAUUAUCCGGGUCCUCGCCUUCCUCAAUCAGUUCUCUAGGAAGCCGCUCUUGCAAUUCCGCUUUCUUUCCAGCCAUGUCGCACUCUCUUUCCUCCAGCUCUCUUUUUAAAUCGGCAAUUUUCAAAUCAACCAAUCGCGCCAUUCUUCCUUCACUGAUCUUCCGAUUUAUUUUCACUAAAUGUCCAAUAAUCCACACCCCACACCUGACACCAAUGUAGCCUUUUUCUGAGUUCUUUUGGGUGUGGAUUAGAACACUUGAUUCCAUAAAAGGAGAUGCACUAAUUAAUUUCACACACAACACAACUAACUUUAACUUAACUAGAUAGAACAUUUAUG